UUCGUUGGGUAGAAAUAGACGAAAAGAUCGACGGCCAACGCCAAAUUCACGAAAUACUCUUUAUUCGAACGACACCGGGAUCUCUUGUUCAGUAGAUCACCAGCCUUUCUCCGACGUUUAUUACGAAUUAUUCGGUGACUCGGUGACAACUACAAAUUUUUGUGUGUGGAGAAAAUUUUGAAAUUUUUCCACCACAAAAUAUACGCAAUAGCCACACAAGACACAUAUAUACAAGACAAGCGGGCGCGCCAAACGAAAAGUGUUCACCUGAGUGAAAGAAAAUACAUAUUUAAUAAUAAUAAUUAAUUAAAUAAAAAAUAUAUAUUUUUAAUUUUAUAAAUUAAAUUUACAACUACAACAGCAAUAAUAAAUUUAUAAAAAAUGUCCUCGUCGCAAGCAAUACGCUCAUCGAAAUACUCCUACAGGGCCAGCUCAACUGGACCGGGUGCAGCUGAUAUCUCCAUUGAAUAUAGCGCUGAUUUGGCCGCCCUCUCCCGUUUGGAGGACAAAAUCCGUUUGCUCCAAGAUGAUCUUGAAGCCGAACGUGAACUGCGCCAGAGGGUGAGUACAUAUUAUACAUAUAAUUACAUACAUAUAUAUACGAUUGAGAGUAACAGAAAUUCCGCAAAACUCAAUUAAAUUAAAUAAAGAGUA